UCCUCUCACAUCUACGGGACAAACUGUUUAGCUGUCCGUCCUCUGGCAUUCAUGCGUGUCUGAAUCAAAACCCACAGGAUGCAAAGACAGACCUCCCUGCUGUGGUACAGAUGAAUAUCCUGUCCUCGUUUAAUGAUCUCUCGCGUGGCUUGCAAUCUGGGGACGUGUCCGGACAAUGGCUUCAUCCAAACGAAGCCAUCCCCGCCGCUGCUCCGGCUGCCCGUUGGCAUGGUGGCGGGAUCACAAAGGGGGAGGGUCCAUGCAAGCCCCCUCUCCUCCCUGCAUCAGAAGAUGUGUGCUCCUCUGAGUGGAGGGCGUUUGUGAACUAGCUGCGCGCCCUGAGCCAGAGCAGUCAGCUCCAAUUAUCAGGCGCUUUGAGCAGCCGCCGUCCCGACCGGACUCCAAGAGGCCUCCGCAUCCCACACGCAGCCGGUGAAGGGGAACUCUCAUGGAGCUCUUGAGCAUGGAGGCCAGAGAGUCAGGGAGCGGCAUGGACUCGCCCGCCUGCGUUCUGGAGCUGCUGGGAAUGCUGGUCUACGUCGGGGCAUGGCUCUGCGCUUUGGCCUGCACCAUCCUGCCGCAGUGGCUGACCAUGUCCACCUCUCUGUUGCCCAUAGAGAGCUACGAUUUGGGACUGUGGGAGACCUGCGUGGUCCAGGACACCGGCGGCAUGGAGUGCAGAUCCUACGACAGCCUGCUGGGCCUCUCCAGUGACCUGAAACUGGCCCGCAUCCUGAUGUGCACCGCCCUCGCUCUGGGCUUGCUGGGAUUUCUUGUGGCCAUACCUGGGCUUCACCUGAUCAACAGCUGCGAACACUACAGCGGCCGUCAGACCAAGAGGACCCUAAUCAUCACAGGAGGGGUGCUGGGGAUGAUGUCUGGGGUGCUCUGUCUGGUCCCCGUGUCCUACAUCGCACAUUUGACGGUGAUGCAUUUCUUUGACACCAAGGUGCCCGACGUGGUGCCUCGGUGGGAGUUUGGAGACGCUUUAUUCUGCGGCUGGGCGGCAGGAUUCCUCUUCGUGGUGGCCGGGCUGACCAUGGUGACCUCCAACCGGUGCUCUCAGGUGGAGCGGGACCCCGUGCCACAGAGGAGGUACCGGGUGAAGAGCAUGGACCAUCCUCUCAGAAAGCGCCCAGAGUAUGUUUAAUGAACAGAAGAGCACGAUCACCUGUAGAGCUGCACUUGAAACUGCUUGGCACCAAUGAUGUAAAUUAUAUAUAUAUAUAUGACAUGCAAGGUAAUGUAUAAUGGCUAGUUUAGCCAACAAAGGGCUUUCAUUAUAAUGUUUUAGCUAUUUUAAAUGACUCACAUGCACAAUCAGACACCGCAUUACAAGAUGACCUGCUGUGAUUAGUACAAGUGAAUAUUUCUUGUGAGGGGAGGUUUUAUAAAAUGCAUUGUAUCAAUGGAUGGCUAUCAUUUACCAUUUCCAAAAUGAAAAAUAAACUAUC